CAGAAGAGCGUCUCAAGACUGGGUCUCAUCAGACUGCUUAUGCUUUGGAAACAGACUUGCCCUGGACAGCCCUUGAUUAACGCACAACUGACACCAACGACCUAACCCAUAUGAACGGUGACCCUGCCAUGUCUGCCAUCGAAGAGAAGCUUGAGAAAGGCAAAGAGCAGAAGGACCGAGGCAACGGGGAAUUCAAAAAGGGAAACCUCGUCGAAGCUUUGCGGUUCUAUCACCAUGCAACGUUAUAUCUGAACGGUUUAGACAACGCCGGGGCGGCUGCUUUUGUUCCUUCGAAGCCAUUGGAGGCUGGACAGAAGAAAGAGAUCAAGGAGACUUUGAACGCGUGCUACGGCAACAUGGCUGCCUGCUACCUGAAACAGAACAACUACGAAAAGUGCAUCAAGACCUGCUCAAAGAUCAUCGACAGCGAGCCAACCGCCAAGGCCUAUUUCCGUCGUGGUUUGUCCCAUCUGGAAUUGAACGCGGUUGAGGAGGCUUUGAAGGAUCUGAAGAAGGCCGUUGAGCUGGCGCCACAAGACAAAGGCAUCCGCGAAGGUCUCGCACGUGCACAUGCGAAGGAGAAGGAGAUGGAUGAGAAGGACAAGGCAGCGUGGAGAGGGAAGCUCAAGCCGUGAAGCUGAGGAUGUUGCAUUUUGUAUCGGAGGCACCUGUCUAUGAACGCCGGCGUAUUACUGUCUCAUCUGUCGCUGUUCUAAUUAGAGCAACGUGGUGGAGUGGGGUAUUAUAUCUUGGGGAUCGGCGGACCGAAGUCGGGAAUAAGCAGAGUCUCGACGUCAUUUCGCAUCUCAACAGCAUUUCCCUGAUCCUUGCGCACUGUGAUUCUUGGAGAUGAAGACUGUAUCUUAAUUGUAAACUUGGGAAACGAAAACAAUCCUUCGCCCUCUCAAUUCGAUCAAAUUUUGGCAAUCGCCGUUCAA